AUGCCAGGGGCCAGCGUGCGGAGGGUGACGGCAGAGGGGGCUCCUCUUCGGGCAAGCUUAGCCGCCUGUGCCCUCACACGCCGGCGGUCCACCACCGCAGGGCAAGGCCGUUCUGUCACCGUCCACCGCUCGGGGUUGGGCCAGCAUGGGGCAGAGCCAGCUGUUGUGGACUCAGUGCUGAACGAGAGGCCCUUCCACCCCGACAUCAGCCUCGCCGUCCCUGUCCCAGCCAACAUCUCCUUCACGGUAAGUGCCAUCCUAGAUGUGCUGAGUGACGGUGACCCUUCCGUCCCCCUUGGUGUCCUUCAUGUUUUCCCAGCCUCUGGCAAACUAAACCCAAAGCCUUUCACCCGCUGUUAUGUGGCUUCUCGCUUGCAGAGAGAAUCUCAAAACAAAACGAAACACAACACAACGGCUCUAGGUCUAGGACAACCCCUGAUCUGCUCGAGCCCCAAGGAGUGUGAGGGUAUCACGGGGACCGUGUCGGCCAGGAACCUGUGGCUCCCAGAUGUUUUCAUCGCUGAGUUGUGCGUAUUAAGGGCUGUGGAGAACCAGAGGGAAACCUCAUCUCCUAGUACCAGUAGGAAAAAUAACAGCACCAGCCUCCCACUUCCUCUCUCCUGUAGCUCGGAGGAGGCGGAAACCCCCAGAGACCUCACAGCGUUUGUAAGUAAUGAAGGUCGCAUCAGGUAUAAGAAACCCAUGAAGGUGGCCAGUCUCUGCGACCUGGACAUCUUCUACUUCCCCUUCGACCAGCAAAAUUGCACACUCACCUUCCGCUCACGCCUGUACACAGGAUCCAAAUCUAUCUUCUUCAUUGCCAUCCCCAACUCUGCGUACAGCAGAUACGCCAACCACCAGGUUAAGAUUCUGCGCUCCCUACCACGCCAGAGCCCGGGUGACAGCCGACCCUGGGAAAACACAGAGACAGCACUGGCAGUCGUGGGCCUGGGGUUUCCUCCGUACCCCACGUUGAUCCCCUUCCUCUCCUCCCCACCGGUGGCAUCAGACGCGGGCCCGGCUCUCUGCGGACACCUCCUCUGGCCCAGCGGCUUCCCGGGGGCCAUCGACGCCCGCAGCUUCUCCUUACCGGCAGAAAACGCAAAUCGGGCCCCCUUCAGCAUGGCCCUGCUGCUGGGCUCCGAGUCUUCCCGCUCCUGAUGAAACUUUCUCCCCUUCGGAGCCACUUUCCAGAGCGGGGCGGCCGGGCUCCCCGAAGGCGGGAAGGGCUCCUGAGGG